GGGGGAGAAAGGGCGGAUUGAUUGACAGGAGCGGCAGCCAAUAACUUAGGCGGACGUCGAGCGAUGAGCUAAUGGUGGGGCGAGGGAGGCGCGGCCCGCCGCUGGCUGAUUGAUCCCAGCCGUGGCGUCGCUCAGUUGGAGCGAGAACAUUCUAGAGAUUGACUGGCGCCGCCGCUGCUGCUGAUUCCGCCCGCCCCAGGACGCUCGGACCCGGCGGCUGCGGCGCCCGCCCUCCCUCCGCCCGGAUAUAAGCGCCCCUCGGCCCCGUUCUCCUUACACACUCGGCUUCGUCGCAGCCCGGGGCGAGCAGCGUUGGGUUUAUGUCUUUAUUGGACGAAAACGAGCUGUUGCGCAGCCAUUGGUACCUGUAUUGGGGGAACAUAGCAUACAAGCAAGAACCUCACAGCCUCAGUGGCGAAAACUUUUUCAUGUCAGAGACCGAGAACUCUUGCAGUCGUUUAUGUCAUCCCGUCUUCUCCAGACAGAAGAUACCAAAAAGCUGCAAUCAAAGAUCUCUUCAUCUUAUUGAUAAAGCUACUAAUAAGACAAAAUGUCUGUCAAUGUCAACCGCAGUGUUUUGGAUCAGUUCUAUCGCUACAAAAUGCCCCGUCUGAUUGCAAAGGUUGAGGGCAAAGGAAAUGGAAUAAAGACAGUUAUAGUCAACAUGGUUGACGUUGCAAAGGCGCUUAAUCGGCCUCCAACGUAUCCCACCAAAUUUUUUGGUUGUGAGCUGGGGGCACAGACCCAGUUUGAUGUUAAGAAUGACCGUUACAUUGUCAAUGGAUCUCAUGAGGCGAAUAAGCUGCAAGACAUGUUGGAUGGAUUCAUUAAAAAAUUUGUUCUCUGUCCUGAGUGUGAGAAUCCUGAAACUGAUCUGCAUGUCAAUCCCAAGAAACAAACUAUAGGUAACUCUUGCAAAGCCUGUGGCUAUCGAGGCAUGCUUGACACAAACCAUAAACUCUGCACCUUCAUUCUCAAAAACCCACCUGAGAACAGUGACACUAGUACAGGAAAGAAAGAAAAGGAAAAGAAGAACAGAAAAGGCAAGGAUAAAGAGAAUGGUUCUGUGUCUAGCAAUGAGACACCAUUGCCGCCGCCACCAGACGAACAUGACCCUCCACGUCCAGUGGAGGAUGAUGACGAUGACUGGGGUGAAGACACAACUGAAGAAGCCCAGAGGCGCAGAAUGGAUGAAAUCAGUGAUCAUGCAAAGAACCUCACACUUAGUGAUGACCUAGAAAGAACAGUAGAAGAGAGAGUCAACAUAUUAUUUGAUUUUGUUAAGAAAAAGAAGGAAGAAGGUGUCAUUGAGACUUCUGACAAAGAUAUUGUAGCAGAAGCGGAGAGACUGGAUGUAAAGGCUAUGGGCCCUCUAGUUUUGACUGAAGUCCUCUUUGAUGAGAAGAUUCGAGAACAGAUAAAGAGAUAUAGACGCCACUUCCUACGUUUCUGCCACAACAACAAGAAAGCUCAGAGAUACCUUCUUCAUGGCUUGGAGUGUGUGGUAGCCAUGCAUCAAUCUCAGCUUAUUUCUAAAAUUCCACAUAUCCUGAAGGAAAUGUAUGAUGCAGAUCUUCUGGAAGAAGAGGUCAUCCUUAGCUGGGCAGAAAAGGCCUCUAAGAAAUAUGUCUCAAAAGAGCUUGCUAAAGAAAUCCGCAUCAAAGCAGAACCCUUUAUCAAAUGGCUGAAGGAAGCUGAGGAGGAGUCCUCUGGUAAUGAAGAAGAGGACGAAGAUGAAAAUAUUGAGGUGGUGUAUUCCAAGACUGCCAGUGUACCUAAAGUUGAAACUGUGAAGCCUGUAAACAAGAAAGAUGAUGACAUUGAUAUCGAUGCCAUUUAAAAGUGAUGCAAUCUAGCUUCCAGUGUAAUACUGCAAACUGCUCUGCAUUUUUCUUCCAGAAGUGCAACAUGUACAUGCACAAGCUGAAAUGGCUUAACAUCAUGCUCAAAUGUCUUUUACUGUGACUGGUCUUGUUUAACUAUAAGCUGAACACCAAGGAGUCAUAUGCAUCAGUGAACUGAUCUAGUUUGUUAAUGGCAUGUUUCCUUUUAAAAAGUUGUGUUUGGACACACAUACUUGGAACACAUUUAUACAGCUGUGGGAAUAAAGGAUUUGGUUUUGGUCAACCUAAGAGUCAGAGCCAUCCAUAAACCGCUAUGGCCAUCUUGAAGUGAGUCUGGCUUAACAUGCGUCUAUUUGCUAGCAAUUUGGCAUGGAGAGCAAUGGUAUUCCACUCCUGCCUAGGAGGUAACAGAAAGCUGCUGUGAGGAAAUACUGGUCCCUGGUGGAGAUUCCGAUAUGCAAUUUUUCUAAAUUUUUGAAUCUCCAGCAAGCUCAAGGAGCACCAAGAGCCACUAGUGACUAGGUCUCAAUUGCUAGACAAAGCUAGCGUAGCAUUCAUACUAUCAUAGGUAUCCCUCUCCAUCUGGUGUCUGUAUUUGGCCAACAGAUGCUUCUCAGGUGCAACUGCUUCAGACUGCCUUUGAUAAGCAGCUCUAAAAUUGCAAGAGAAAGAUCAAGACUUGCUCCAAAAGUCUCCUUUCUUCCAUUGUAGUGUCCAUAGUUGAUUGUAAGCGAUCACAUUUAUUUUGAGUGAGUGGUUCUUACUACCUCUGUGAUAAAACAGCCAAAUCAAAAUUUGAUGGAAGUAGAAGAAACACAUCUAAAUUCCUACUCUAGCUGUGAUUCAAAUGUCUGUAUUGCUCUUGGCAAAAAGGACUGAUUUACUUAGCAAGUUAAAAAUUAACUGAGGGAGAAGUGGUUAGUGAAGGGUUGAAAAUAACUUGAAAUUGGGUGUGAGGAAAGGGGUGGUCAGCAAAACCAACUCAGCCUAGUCUUUAUACUCUAAUUUUUGCUUCAUACAGUAACUUUUUAUUCCUUUCUCUAAACAUAUCCACCCUCUGCUCUGGCGAACGUCAACAUUGGUCUCAAACAAAAGGCCGAAAGUCAACAAAAGCAGCUUUCUUAAGCCAGGCAAAUAGUGGUUUUCAACAUGUCAUCUGUAAACUAACAUGUAAGGGAUCUGUGAAAAGUGACCAUGGAAAUAAAGUUUCAGAUGCUAGA